GCUCUAUGGGUCCCUGAGCUACUCAAAAGGACCUGGUUCAUGGGACUCUUUCCUCUCAGGUUUAGGAACAGGAGGCCAGGAAGCCACCCUGCAAUGACUCAGCUAUUAGCAGCUUCCUGUUGCUUCUUCAUUUCCCAUCUAUUAUGGGCUCUAAUUAAAGGGAAUUCCCCCAGAGACAUCCUGAGGCAUCUGGAAAAGGAUUGACAUUGGGAUUUGAGGAAGUAUUUAAUGAGGAUUGUGAGGUGUACUUGGACCACUGUGAGAAAAGUGGGUAAAAACCAUCAAAGGGUGGGGGCUUGACCAUCUGCUUCCAUCCUUGGGGGUGAAUGAUGAGUAUCACCCUGGAUAGCCCCUAGGCCAUGACUCCCUCCACUGCCUCAGAAUUGACUGAGAGCCCAUGCCCUGACUAGAGCCCACCCCAGGUCUCCAAUGGUGCCAACAGGACCACAGGGGAGGGUCUGGAGCCUGACUUAGUGCCUCUGUUUUUUUUCACAAGGCCUGCAGAAAGGGGUGCAGACCUCCUUCCUGCCCCCAUCAUAGCACAGCAGAGUGUCUGAAUCUAGGUGCCCUCAGGCCCAACCAGAGAGCAGAGAUGAGCAGAACAGUGAGCAGGCGUUUGGAGCAGCUGGCUCCAGCUCAGACCUGCCCCAGGUGUACCACCUGGCACUUGCAUCCAUCCAGACUUCACUGUGGGGUCAGGCGGCAGACCAGGGCCUCUGACCUGGGGGAACUUACUCCUUUGGGAAGUGAUCCUUUAUCUUGUUGUAUUCCAGACAUUAACAUGUGUGAACAACCCUUGAGAAGGUCCUGUGCAGCCUACGCUGACUGCCAGGGCAUGGAUGGCAGGUACUGCAUGUGUGGCCCGGGACAGGAGCUCAUUUCUGAGACAGUGUUCAGGAAUGAGAGUGAGAAUAUGUGUCAAGGGGUCUUAGUGCUGCUACUGUUGACACUGGGACCUGUACGGAAACUGAAAGCCUCUGCCCCCACAGACUGUGCUCAGUGGUGCCCUCCGAAAUCCACGUGUGUCAAUGCCACUGCCUGUCGCUGCUCCCCAGGAUUCAGUUCUUCAUCCAGGGAGAUCUUCACCAGCCUGUUGGAGAGUUGUGAUGACAUCAAUGAAUGUGGACCACCCUCGGCAGUGUCCUGUGGAAAAUUCGCAGACUGCUGGAACACAGAGGGCAGCUACUACUGUACAUGCAGCCCAGGAUACAAGCUUGCUUCUGGGGCAAAAACAUUCAGGGAUGAGAGUGAGAACAUGUGUCAAGUCCACAAUCCUGAGAGCAGACCAGAUGACCAGGACCCAGGAGGAUGUUGUGUGGUAUCUACACAGAGUAACACGGACCCACCCGCAUACACACACGGAGAAUUGGGUGAUGAGAAGCAGCUCCUGUCUAGACCAGAUAGCAAUGGAAGAUAUCAUCGGAGACCAGCAAGCAUUUUUUUUCCCACCUGGACCCCACCCCAUGGAAUCAAGAGCCAGAGACUCUCCCACUUCUUUGAAAGAGUCCAAGAUCUGGGCAGAAAGUUCAUACCAGCCUUUGUCCAGGACACUAUCCAGGACCUUGUACAGGGUGUGGAUGAGCUGCUGGAGACCCCUGAGGACCUGGAGGCCCUGCCCCACUCAGAGCAGCACUGUGUGGCCACUAACCUGCUUGUUGGCCUGGAGAAUGUCCUGAGAAAUCUGAGCCAGGCCCUGCCCAAUGGGACAUUGACCUUCAACGCAUCUGCAGGCACAGACCUGUCCCUGAAGGUGCGGGAGCAAGGAGAUAGAAAUGUCAUCUUGAGUCAGAGUCAGGUGAAGAUGCUGCUGAACUGGGAUGUGGUGCGCGAGUCUGGUGACUCAGGUCCUUCUGUGGUGGGCCUUGUCUCCACACCGGGGAUGGGCAAGUUGCUGGCUGAGGCCCGCCUGGUCCUGGGGCCUGAGAUGCAGGCAGUUCUGCAUGGGGCACACAAGGGCGUGCUGCGAGGAGUCUCCUCUGUCCUGCUCUCACACGUCAUCUCUGCCUUUAUGAGCAACAGGGACACCCAGAACCUCAGCUCCCCUAUCACCUUCAUCUUUUCCCACCAUUCAGUGACCCGUGGGCCAAUGCAAAAGGUGUUCUGCGUCUUCUGGGAUCACACUCCGGAUGGAUAUGGUCAUUGGUCCACUACGGGCUGCAGGAUGGUGGCCACUGGAGACACCAGCACCACCUGCCAGUGCACCCACCUCAGCAGCUUUGCAGUCCUCAUGGCCCACUACAAUGUGCAGGAGGAGGAUCCCAUGCUGGCUGUGAUCACCUACUUGGGGCUAAGCCUCUCUCUCCUGUGCCUCCUCCUGGCAGCCCUCACCUUCCUGCUGUGCAAAACCAUCCAGAACACCAGCACCUCGAUCCACCUGCAGCUCUCAAUCUGCCUCUUCCUGGCCCACCUGCUCUUCCUCACAGCCAUCAACCGGACCGAGAUCAAGGUGCUGUGCGCCAUCAUUGCGGGUGCCCUACACUAUCUCUACCUGGCGUCCUUCACCUGGAUGCUGCUGGAGGGUCUGAAUCUCUUCCUCACUGCACGCAACCUGAUGGUGGUCAUCUACUCCAGCAUGAGCAGGGUCAUGAAGAAGCUCAUGUUCCCCGUGGGCUAUGGAGUCCCAGCUAUAAUUGUGGCCAUUUCUGUUGCAUCCAGGCCUCACCUUUAUGGAACACCCACCCGAUGCUGGCUCCACACAGACAAAGGAUUCAUAUGGACCUUCCUUGGCCCUAUCUGCACAAUUUUCUCCAUUAAUUUGGCUUUCUUUCUGAUGACCUUCUGGAUUGUGAAAACCAAGCUCUCUUCCAUCAACAGAGAUGUGUCCUCCCUCCAGAACACAAGGAUGCUGACAUUUAAAGCCACAGCUCAGCUGCUCAUCUUGGGCUGCACGUGGUGCCUGGGCAUCCUGCAGGUGGGUCCAGCUGCCCAUGUCAUGGCUUACCUCUUCACCAUCAUCAACAGCCUGCAGGGCGUCUUCAUCUUCCUGGUGUACUGCCUCCUCAGCCAACAGGUCCGGGAACAAUACAAGAAAUGGUUCAAAGGGGUCAGGAAAACCAAAGCCGAGUCUGAGAAGUAUACUCUCUCAAGUGGGACCAUGUCUGAUGCCUCCAAACACAGCGUGGAGAAUUAUAAUGAAGAGCUAAGCCUGACGAACUUGUCUCUUAGGAAAUGAAGAAAACACUCUCUGUCAUCCUUUGGGCAAAGAGUAUUAAAAAAUGCUUUUUCAUGUUUAUUACAAAUAACUCUUCUUGGCACCACUGUGGGAGAAAGUAAGCAGUAAAUGUUUGACAUUCAGUUGCUGGAGACUUUUGGUUUUCUGGUGCAUACAACAUUCUCAUCUCACUCCCAGUAUAAUCAGGAGCUAUGACCCAAUACCCCAGUAGAAGCCUCGUCUACAAAAAUUCUUCCUCAGGUUGAUGAUACAUAACAAGGAAAACCAGCCUCAAAGGACUUUCCUAAAAUAGCAUCAGAGAGGAAAGUAAUAUUCACAUACCUGCACGUAGUAUAAACAACAAAUCACAGUUUCUCAAGACUUUCCUGGUUUUAUUAGUAUUAGUAUAGUAUUAAAGUAUUACAUCCCAGAAAACAUUUUGGUUACAGGCAAAGUAGACCAGUUGGUCUUCAUACAUAUAUACAUGCCUCAACUUCUUCACUCUCCAUUUCUAAAGACUUACUAAUUUAUUCAUUUCAAAAAUAUGUACUGGGGGGCGUCUGGGUGGCUCAG